AUGAAUGCAGCCCCGAGAGGUCACAUGGAGACAGGGGAGGAGGUGGAGGAGAGGCGUGUUGAAGUGACCUCUGCAGAGGUAAGUGGCGGAGGAAUUGAUAAAUGGGCCAAAUGGUGA